AUGGUAAAGUCAUACGAUAGAUAUGAACAAGAAGCAAGCUUUGGAGUCAUCGCUUCCAACUCCAAUGUCAUAUGGUUACCUCCACUUCAAUCAUCCAAAUCCAUUGGAAGAGCAUUAACUGCCGCUUUAGAAGAGAUUCUCGUAUGGGACAUCAAGACAGGAGAGAUUAUCAGCCGUUUAAGAGACGGGUUGACUCCUGGAGCCCACAAUGCUCCCACUUCGCUGGCACCAGCCACAGUCACCGUAUUAGCAUACCACCCCGAAUCCAACAUUGUAGCAUCAGGAUACAGCGAUGGGUCCAUUAAAGUGUGGGAUUUAGCAUCAGCAUCUGUUAUAAUGACGUUUCAGGGCCACAAGUCGGGCGUGAGUAUACUCAAGUUUGACAGAACCGGAGCUCGUCUUGUGUCCGGCUCGUUCGAUUCCAGUAUCAUAAUGUGGGAUUUGGUUGGCGAAGAAGGAUUGUUUAAGCUUAAGGGUCACAAGGGACAGAUAACCGGUACUGAGCUACUUUCGUUGCAUAAUAAUGAGGACCUCAGUGAUUCCAUGGAAGAUUACUUGAUGAGUGUUUCGAAAGAUGGACUUAUCAAAUUGUGGGAUUUGAAGAGUCAGCAGUGUGUAGAGACUCAUGUUGCACAUUCAAGUGAGUGCUGGUCCUUGGGCACCGAUACGGAGCGAGGACUAGUUUUUACGGCUGGAAAUCGUGAUGAGAUCAAGGUGUGGAAAUUGGAUCUUACCGAGCCAGAUACACAGAAAAUUGUUGAAUUGGGUAAUUUUCAAAAGCAAAGUAAAGCCAGAACGAGCGAGAUUCAGUUUCAGGAUAUUUCCAUUGCUGAUACUACAGCGACCAUUUUGUGUUUGCAGAAUGCCGACCGUACCAUUGAAAUAUUCAGAAUACGACUGGACGAUGAAAUCAAGAAGGGAAUUGCUCGAAGAACAAAAAGAUUAGCAGAAAAGGGACUUGAUCAAGAGGAGAUCAAGCAGUCAAUACAAGAAGCUCAGAUCAGCAUGCUUGUGGUUCCAUAUACGACGGUAAGAGCUUCCGCCAAAAUCCGGUCCUGUUCAUGGGCACCAAAAUCAUCAAGAAAAAUGGGGUUAUUGGUUUCUCUCGCCAACAAUUCCAUUGAGUACUAUACCAUUUCUCUGCCAGAGCUGGUCAAAAAAGCCACUCCAACAGAUGUCAUACCAGUGAAGCAGAACACAGUUGAACAGUUGGGCCAUAGAAGUGACAUUAGAGCCAUGGAUAUCUCACCAGACGAUAAGUUAAUAGCCACUGCAUCCAACGGUGAACUCAAGGUAUGGAAUCUCAAGACCCAAAACGUUAUCAGAUCGUUUGUGUUGGAUAGUGGAUACGCAUUAUGUUGCAAAUUUCUUCCUGGAGGCACUUUGAUAGUCGUUGGGUUCAAAAAUGGUGCUUUGGAGUUGUGGGACUUGACAUCUUCUUCGUUGGUUGACCGGGUUGAAUCUGCCCAUGGUGAAGACGAAGGGUCGGCAGUAUGGACGUUGGACUUAACUCCUGAUGGACACCAGUUGGUGACGGGAGGAAACGACAAGACGGUGAGAUUCUGGAAUUUCAAUGUCGAAAAGGAAACGGUUCCUGGAACCGAAACCACCAUUCUGAGGAUGCGGAUGGUUCAUAGUAAGACGAUUGAGGUCAACGAAGAUGUUCUUUGUGUCAAAGUAUCGCCUGAUUCUCGGUUGUUGGCAAUCUCGCUUCUUAACAACAAUGUUCAGGUUCUUUUCAUGGAUACCUCGAAGUUAUUUUUGACCUUGUAUGGUCAUAAGUUGCCGGUUCUUUCCAUCGACAUUUCUUCAGAUUCAAAAUUGAUUGCAACUUCUGCCGCCGACAAGAACAUCAAGAUAUGGGGUCUUGACUUCGGAGACUGCCACAAGUCGAUUUUUGGGCACCAGGACUCGAUUAUGAAUGUCAAGUUUCUUGGCGAAACCCACAAUUUUUUCUCAGCUGGAAAAGAUGGAGUGGUGAAAUAUUGGGACGGAGACAAAUUUGAAUGUGUGCAAAAGUUAGCGGCACACCAGUCCGAAGUGUGGUGCUUGAGUGCAAGUAGUGACGGGCUGUUUGUGUGUUCGACAUCUCACGAUCAUUCCAUUCGUUUAUGGAUGGCUGGAGACGACCAGGUGUUUUUGGAGGAAGAGCGAGAAAAGGAAAUGGACGAACUUUAUGAGGAAGAAUUACUCGAGGGUGUUGAACAAGAAAAGAGUGGUGAGCAAGACGAAGAAGAGACUACGGGUGUUCAGAAGCAGACGAUGGAAACUUUGAAAGCUGGAGAAAAACUCAUGGAAGCGCUCGAUAUUGGAUAUGAAGAUAUUUGCAACCAUGAGCAAUAUGACGCCGAUAUGAAGCGGUACAAUGCUCUGAAGGCAGGUCCAGCUCCAGUACGUCCUACACAGCAUACGGUGUUAAUGGCAAUGGGAGUAAGUGGACAGGAAUAUGUCUUGAGCGUAGCAUCCAAGAUCAGACUGUCGCAUAUGGAAGAUGCACUUUUGGUGUUGCCAUUUUCCUAUACACUCAAGUUGUUGAAACUCAUUGAAGUGUGGACAAGUGGAAGUCAAAUCGCGGGGAACAUUGUCCAUCUUUCACUUAUUUGUAAGAUUUUAUUCUUCAUUGUGAAGAGCAAUGCUCGAGAAUUGAUAGGGCAGCGAGACCCUAAACUCAAAAACCAGUUGAUGGUUGUGAAGGAACAGAUAAGACAAGCGUUACAGACCAGUUCCACAGAGGUAGGGUUCAAUACCCAAGGUCUCAAGUAUGCCAAGCAGCAAUGGAGACUCGAACAUGAGACCGAAUAUAUUGAUGAAGAAGAACAAAAAAGCGCUCGGGACAAGCGUGCGAUCAAGCGAACCUACACAACGAUAUAG